AUGACACGGACAGACCCACCGGACAUACUGGUAUCUACCGUGUAUCGAGAGAUUAAAGUCAGCCCAAUGCCAGGCGAGCCCAAAGUCUAUAAGGCCCAGCGCAAGUGUGAUGCCUCUAAGCUCAGCUCCUCUGCACAGGACAGCCAGCACUACGUUCACAAGCGACAGUGUCGAAGCUUCGACUUCCUGCAGUCACUAGACGGACAGGCAGACUCUGGAGCGCCCAUGGAGGAGUACUCAUCCGGGCGAGCUGAUCGACAGCCCACCAGUCCCGAGCCAGCCUGGGACUCACUGGGAAGGCAGGUUUACCACCGCUCCUCAGCUCCCGAAAUCGUUGCCAACCGGCUGUGUGCCCACUCGGGGGAGCCCAGGGAGGCCUUCAGACCCGAGACCAAGAAGAGAGGCAGAUCCAAGAGUGCCCCCAGGGUGAAGACCACCUACCGGCCUGUGCCCGUGGAGGUGGGCUCUCCUGAGCUGUCCCGCAGGGGCCGUGAGGCACUGCGGGGACACAGGGAUUCCCACAAGAGGACGGAAGCCUCACCAAGGAGAGAUCUGCCUCACCCGGCCAGGACCAGGAUCAACGAGGUGCACCCCAUCAAGCUGCAGCCCCAGCGAGGUGAUGCCAGCCUGUACUCCCCUCUGUUUGUGAGUGAGAGCGGCGAGGGCUACGAGGAAGGCCAAGGUGCCAAGCCUGGAGCAGGGGCUCAUGUGCGGUACCGUGUCGACAUGAAACCCGAGGACCCGGUGAUGACCCCCUCCUUGAGGACGUGGAAGACCCCGCAGAAGCAGAGCACCGUGGGCAGCUGGCAUGGCCAACCCGGACGCAGUUUGACCGUCCCAGCUAACCGACGGGCAGCAAGGACUCACUCUCCAAGCGAGUCAUUCAGCGGCGAUUACUGGACGCUCACCGCUCACAACAACUGCUCCCCACACCGGUACUACCACCAGGACGAGGGCAGGAGGGGGAUCCCACAGCUGGUCCAGACAGUGCCAGCUUUCAGUCAGCAGCCUUACCCUGAACCCAGGAGGCAGUCCCGUCCAGGGCCACAGCCCAAUAUCUACUGCACCGAGGAGCGAGCGAGGCCCUCACAGCAUCGCUACACUUCACCAAUGCAUUACCAUGACUGGUGGGGCACGUACCGAGCUGCCCAUGCCCACCAGGGUUACGUAUCUCCAUGCCCUCCUUACUGGGAGGGCAGAGCGGGCACCCUCUCUCCUCAUGGCUCCUACUACGGCAUCGACCAGCACAGACUGGGCUCAGAGUCCCGUUACUACUCCAAGUCCUGGGAUAAUAUCCUGUCUCCGAGCCGGCACAGGGCCGAGUUCCCAGCCACCGACUGCCGCAGCUACGAGACCCUGCCCCUUCAGGAGAGGCCCGGCCGCUCAGCCGAGUCCAGGCGCCGGCCCACCGUGGUCAACCUGUCGCGGUCCCCUCAGCGCUAUGCGGCGCUGUCUCUGUCCGAGAGCUCGCUGGCUGACAAACUCCAGGGGGACGGGAGCAGGGGAGGCCAGGGGAGGGCCUGGUACAUCACCCCCGAGAUCACCAUCACUGACAAUGAGCUGCGGGCUAAUGGGCCAGCACAGGCCCGUGGUAGACCCGAACCGAGCCGACAGCAGGCCUUGGAUGGCGGCAAUGGCCUCAGUGCCUCCUUCAAUGACCUGCUUUCGUGUAACCUGGAGCCGGGGCUGGGCCCCGCGUCGUCGUCGGCGGCUGGUGGAGGUGGAGGGGGAGGGGGAGGUUGCCCUCACCGGCCUGGGAAGCAGCAGCAGCUGGACGAUGUGCUGGCCGACCUGGUGAUCGACACCUGCAAGGCCCCAGCCGCCAAACCCAGCGACUCAGAUGCUCUGGUCGACCAGCUGAGGAGGCUGAUCGCAGCUGAGGACCUGUCUGGCGACCGCGGCGUGAGGACUGUGCUGGUGCACACCAGAGAGCCGCAAAAGGCCAAGGCCCAACCAGGGAUGUUAGGCCCAGGCCCUGAGCCCCAUGGCCUUGGCCUGGGCCUGGGCCUGGGCCUGUCGCGGAGCCCCAGUUACCCAAGUCCUUGCAACGGGCCUCCCCAAGAGCGUGGCGCCUCAGAUGACGUGGACACCAUGAUGUGCUCAAACCUCAAGUGUGGCUUGACGGAAACCCUGUUCAACGCGAGGCUUUACUUCAAGUCGUGCCACAGCUGCUACACAUACUACUGCUCACGGAACUGCCGCAAGGACGACUGGGAGAUGCACAAGGAGGCCUGUGUCUACGGCCGGGUCAGCAGCACGUGCAAGCGGGUACUCAGAAGCUGCCGCGAGAACCAGGCGGCCCACAAGGCCUUCUCCCGCAUCGCCAGGAUGGGCUACCUGUCCCGGGGCAAGGGGGUCCUGUUCCAGGGCUUUCCCAACCCAGGCUCGGCCGACAACUUCCUGCAGUAUGGCCUGGAGAGCCUGCUGCUGGCCCCCACCUACCUGUCACUGCGGGAGCUGGACGGCUACGCCGAACCGCUGGGCGAGUACCUGAGGGAGAUCCAGGAGGCCGCCCACCUCUACGACCCAGACGAGUGCUUCCUGCUGAACGUGUCGAUUGCCCUGGGCCAGAAGGUGCCUGAGAACCCGUCUCCCCGGCUCCAGACACCAACAGUCCGCAGGUUCGCCAAGAUAGCGCUGGCCUCCAGCAGCCCCGAGAAGAAGGGCAAGACGCUCAGGGCCGACGACGAGAUGGAGACCCUCAUCCUGACACCGCCGCCAGGGACCAGUGACAUUGCACAGGAGGAUGAAGCAGGCCGCAGGGCGCGAGAGGUAUGCUUCAUCAAUGUCCAGCGGGAGCUCCGUAUCCGAGGAGUUUUCCUGCGACAUGAAUACCCCCAAAUCUAUCAGGAUCUCUGUGAGUUUGUGGAGAACAAUAAGAGAUUUACCCCCACCACCAUUUACCCCAUUGACAAGAGAACGGGCAAACAGUUCAUGUGUAUGAUCAUGGCCGCCUCUGAGCCACUGACUCUCGAGUGGGUUCGCAAACCCAAUCUGCUGGAGGACAUGAUGUGA